AGGGCCAGGGACGUCCAAGUUUCAGGAAGGCUCGCGCUGUGGUUGGCGUCGCGACGCCGAGGUCUGGUCGUUCUUCGGCUUUCCGGGAGUGAGCUGGCGCAGUAGAGAGCGCCGCGACGCUUUACCCUCAGUACGCCGCGAAACGUAUCGGCGCCUCGAGCAUAUUCGCAGUGUUUUGUUCGUAGAUGCAUAUACGUGUUAUUAAAUUUUCGAAAAUUACCCGGGAGCUGCGUUACAGUUUUUUAUUGUCACCAAAGUUAAACGGCGGCUUGUAGGAUUUUGUUCGAAGUAGUCUUGAAAAGAAUUGCUAAUGAACUUUCGUAGAGAAGACGCGUAAGUGGCCAUGCGGUCUUUUUCACAAGUAUCGAGAUUGCGUGUACAAUAUUUGCAACACGUGGUUACGCCGAAUUGAACAUUUCGUAUUCAUAUACGAAUCAGCUGUGUAAUUUUGUUGCUGAAAACAAGAAAUUGGAUUUACAAGAGAGUGUUGUCCGUCGAAUUUGAUUUUGAGAAAAAAAAUUUCAAAUCUUUCAUUUUUAAAUUUAGCGAUUAAAGGUGACGUAAAUCAAGAAAAAAAAAGCGUUAAAGUUUAUGUCGCAUAAAAUCGUAUUUCCAUAGUCAUUGAAAAAGUUUCAAGUGACAAAAAAAAUUUUAGUGGUCUGUCAAGACGUAAUCUGGAAAAUAAAAAAGAAAUUGAUAGCGCGAACAUUUCGUAAAUUUAAAAUCGUGCGGCAAUACGCAACGAGCCCGUAAAUUUGGCCAAUCACAACAAAUAAAUCGUCGUAAAAUGAAUAUCGCCGGUACGCAUAAGCGCAUGGCGCUCUGCUAUCGGCCGUGAGAAAGCAAACUGUAUAACCUAUAAAAAUAAACAAGAAAUCAGAAAAAGUACGCGUUUGUGUUUCGUGAUCAUUAUUUUUCCCUUUUCCUUUAAUCUUUGAGCUAUUUCGUGUUAUAUCGUAAAAUUGAAAGAUUCGAAAAGGAAAAGUUACGUAGAGCGUGGAGGACAAUUAGUAAAAUUGUCGAUGGUGGUGAAAAUUUUGAAAAAGUUUCCCUACUGUUCAAUCCAACGAACAAAUACACCUCACGCUCGGAGCACGUGCUCGCGCUAAUUUUAAAAACGGAACUGCUACUUUUCUACUCGACACCGGAUAUAUUUCCAAGACAAAUAUGGCCGACGAAGUUCUUCACAGAAAGGCCAGAUCGGCGUCGAUCUGCGCUCCCGGUUUUUCAAGCAUGGAACAGAUGCUAGGUGCGAUUCCGCCCUCUGGUGCUAAAGACGGACAAAGGGAACGCAACGAAAGAGCAGAUCGCGAAAGGGAGUCGGGAAGUGGAACCCCGGAAAAUAAUACACCGACAAGAAGACGCAGACCAGCUACUAGAUCACAAAGUGCACGAGUAUCCGGUGCCAAUAAGAGUAUUCGAAGAAGGGCAGCUGCUCAAGCUGCCGCACAGCAUCACGCACACGAGGCAACCGUAAAAUCCGCACACUGCAGCAGCGAGCCGAGACUUACCGAGAAUGACGUAAGUCCAGGUCUAAGAAGACGAGGAAGUCGUCGUGGUCAGAGUAUGCACCACAGUCAUCAACGUAAGAGCAACGCUUUCUUAGACGUACCUGACACGUCUCAACAGCCGCAAAGAGAGGAGGGCGAAGACGAGGACAGCUACAGAUUGCGCAGUUUCAGUUUGACCAGCAAGGGUGUGAUAAACAGGGGUGACUCCUUCCGACGAAAAAGAUCGAGAUCCAAUUCCCUGGCACCGGCUGAAAAGGAAACGGAGGAGAGGCCAACCUCACCGCCGAAGGAAGUCAUUUCGUAUACAGUGGCGAUGCUCGGGGCCCGCGGUGUCGGCAAGACGGCCCUGAUCAGUCAAUUUAUGACCAGCGAGUGCAUUAAUGCUUACGAUCGUCAACGUGAUGUCCCGAGCGAGCAGUCUGUUUUUAUAAUGCUCAAUGGAGAGGAAAGUGAACUGCGAUUUUUGAACAUUACAAAUCCAAAGACGGAAUUAGAGAAGAUAAACCAACCCGAUGCCUUUGUCGUCAUGUAUUCAGUGAUCGACAAAGCAUCCUUUCAAAGGGCCGAAGAAUAUUUGGCACGUCUUCACGAUCUGGAUUUUCUAAGAGGCAGACCUGCAAUUUUAGUUGGCAAUAAGGUUGACUUGGUUCGCUCCAGGGCCGUGUCAUCGCAAGAUGGAAAAUGCAUGGCUUGUACAUACAGGUCAAAAUUCAUUGAAAUCUCCGUGGGAAUUAAUCACAACGUGGACGAUCUUCUCGUCGGUAUUCUCAGUCAGAUAAGAUUGAAAGUCGUUCAGCGCCAUCUAGAAAAUAAGGCUGGUAGUGGCGGCGGUGGUGGAGGUAGCGAAGGAAGCGGUCAUUGGUACAAAUCAAGAGGCGUCGUUCGCGCCAGCAUGAAAGCGCGCCAAAUGUUAACUUGGCUUUUCGGCAAGGAAGAUAGUAAAUUCAAAAAUUGCGAAAAUCUUCACGAACUGUAGUUGGACGAGGAUUUUCUAUUGUCCGCAGUGAUAAUCACGUGCCAAUAAUUGAACUUCAUUACAUUUUCAAAGAAAUUCACAUAAAAUUCAUAAUCAGUUUGUAAUCAGUACGUGCUAUCUUUUUAUUUAUUUAGAAAAUAUAGCGUCACCGUAGAACCUAUAAAAUAUCUUAAAUAAUCAGCAGGUGAACCAAUUUUUUGCUAGACGUUUUAUUUUCUUACUGAUUGAUCAGUAGAAUGAUAAAUUCUGAAAAUUUUGGACCAUGGCGAAUACUAUCGCCGUGUAGUUCAACGUAUUUGCUGUAUGCAUAACUCAAUUUUUUCUAUGACGUAUAUAUAUAUAUAUAUGUAUUAUGUAUGUAUCGCAAGUUUUUAGAAACGGUGAGGAAAUUGAAUGUUGAACGAAAAUUUGAAGGGGGAGAAAAAAUGGUACUAUGACUCUUUUUUACAAAUUUUCAUCUAAGGAAAUAUACACAAUGUCAUGUAGUAAUCAUAGUGACAGAUUCUGAGGUAUGAAACAUAAGUAAACUGUUAGUUACAAGAAACACCUCGUAUUAUUACAAUUUUAAUUUACAGCAGUAAUUACAAAACAUUGAACGUUGAUAUAUACGUUGAAUACAUUCUCAGUCGGUUUCCAACCCGAAAAUAAUUAGAACUGACGGAGAGAGAUGUGGAUCUUCCGUUUACGAAUAAUAGUAAUCUAUUUAAUUAAGCUGUUGCUAAAGUGUAAUUAACAGAAUCAAAAUGAGCACGAUAUUGCUAAAUUAUAAACUUCCUUGUAAUUAAUGAUCACCAUUUAAUAGUAAGCACACGUUGACAGGACCAUUAAGUCGAGAGCACAAGACAUGAAAAACAUGCCAAGUUAUGUAACAUGAAAAAAAAAUAUAAAGAAGCAAAAUUUAUUGCCAUAAAAUAAAGAAUACAAGCAGUAGAUGAUAUUCGGGUUAAUUAAGAUUGACAGUUCAUUUGAAUUAUAGGGAAGAAUAAAUCCAAGUAGAAUAUGAUUUUUGGUAAAUUGUUCCUGUGAUAUAUAUAUAUAUAUAUAUAUAUAUACUGUGAUAGGUAUAUAUACCCAUACAAAUUGCAAAGUGCAUCCAUUAAUGGUUUAUCUAGAAUGUGGAUUAAUAUUAUAAGAUUCUUCACCGUUUCAAAAAUUUUGCUUUGUGAAAUAAUACGUGAAAUAAAAUUUAAAAAAAAACUCCAAAAUAUAUCAGAUGAAAAGUGCAGAAUACUUUUCAGUUGAUACGAAAAAUAGGGAAUAAAAUCUGAUAAAUUGAAUCGUAACAUAUUUUUUGACACAGUUGCCUAUUGUAGUCAAGACGCAAAGAAAGCAAAGAGCAAAAGUUGAUUUUUAAUGCAAUAUCGAAAUAUAUCAAGACCAAUCAAACUGUAACCUAAUACAAAAUGUUAAUCGUAUCUUAAGUAUAAAGUAACUCAAAAUCUAUUGUUCCAUAUAUUAUAUGAUAAUGUGUCCCCUUACAAAGGUGUUACUGUCUACAUUAUAAUUCUAUGUAUAGACAUAUUUUUAUCAUAUAGAUAUAUAUAGGGUUAUUCAAAAUUAAAGCACCAACCAAAGUUAGUCUACUAUUUAACUUCAAUAAUAAGAACAGCCUUAGUUGGUACGCUAGUCUUGAAUCACCUUGUAUAAUGUAUCAUAUGAAAAUCAAUCGACACUGUGUAAUGUUAAUUAUGUUAUUGUAUUGCGUGGUUUCAUUAAAAAUUGUACGCCGUGUACAAUGCCGUACAAAAGUAUAAUGAGGUCUAUCGUUUUCUGUGUUUUAGACCGAGAAAACAAUUAGCCGUAUAUAAUUUUCUUUUUUUUUUUAAUUAAAAAUACAUGCAAGUAAAAAAUAUCAUUUCGUCUCAAAACUUUUUUACGGUGUUGUACGUAGCUUUGCAAUAAAUUUCUCUUUUUCUUAAAGAUUUACGGAAUCUACGUAAAAUCAGAUAAAAAUGUGCGUAUCGUAAGUAAUCUAGUGUUACGUCGUGAUAUUGCGAUAUCCUACGUAUUUUGAGAACCUUUAAAAUUCCACAAAAAAAAAAAAAAUCUUUACGUGUGAAAAUUUUGAAAUUGAACCACGUUACGAAUAUGUAAACACAUACAGAGUGUUUCAUAUGGAUAGGACUCAACGGAGGAGUAUAUAUCAAAUUUUAUAGUGUAAUCAGAUAAUCAACUACAUGUUAAAACGUAAAAAAGAAUUUGAAAUUUCUCAUGCGGCACUUUACCGAAUGGUUUUCUUAGUACUUGGAGAGGAAAAUGUGUCCUGAAAUCAAUGUAGUAGAAAAUUGGAGAAAGAAAAAUGGCGAAUCUUUUGGUUCCUGUCGCGAGACGAAAAAUCUCUCUCUCUCUCUCUCUCUCUCUCUCUCUCUCUCUCUCUCAUCAACGAGCCACCAAACAUUCUUACAAAGUGCCUUUGAAUAUUUUUGUAAAUUUAGGUAAAAAUCGAUGUUAUUAUCCUGA